GAAACCCGUCGCCUGAGGACGCACUAGAGACCGCCGCCGUAAUUCCGCUGAGUUUAUUAAGAUGCUUUGGCAUAAUCCCAAUUAAAAGCGCUUCCCCUUACCGACAAACAGCGUUGACCGCGAUUGCGGUGAUCCUAAUUAGUGGCGCUUGGUUCCAAGUGGCGCUGGUUGGUGGCUCCGCCUAUUGUCGCCUGUUCCCACCGAAUUCCGCCUCUCAGACAGACAAGAAAAGCGUUUCCCUAAUGGACAUGAUGCUUUCCUUGCCGUACGUCGCUGUGAGCCUCCGGGGUGCGGCGACGCUAACGGUUAUUCUCUUCACGCGACACCGCCUUGCUAACAUAUUACAGAAACUGAAUUCUCUUCUUGCGCGAUCUCUAAUUGUAAGCGGUCCGAAUACACAACGGUAUAUUCGCCGCUGGAGAUUGCAAAUUAGUUUUGUCUCCGUCUUCUUCAUCGCGUAUUUGAGCGCUACUGAAUAUUUCAAUAUUACCGGUACGAUUAAACAGAUGAAUUUAACAUGGACGGAAGGAAAUAUGUAUGAUCCACUACCGCCCAUCUUCCCGGUGUGGCUAAGCAUGGGCUUCUACGAAACCUUUCUAGAAGUCACAUUCAUGUUAUCCAUACAAGUCUCCAUUUUGUUAAUCUUUUCUGCACUGGUUUUAACCGCUUGCACUGAUCGAAUCAACGACAACCUCCGCUUGCAAACAGAAAUAACUGUGAGCAAGAAACUCGAUGACCUUUGGAAAAGUACGGAGUGCUUGGAAGAUCUGUUGCACCAGCAUGCGGAGGUGAUGGACGCGUGCAAGAAUGUAAAUGCGGUGUUCGGGCUGUUUUUCGCCGUAGCGUAUUGCCUGGAUUUCCUGGCUUUGGUAUCGUAUGUGACCAAUUGGUUGCUCAAUACGGCGCUGAUGUUGGAUAAUCUGUGGAGCGCUGUGUAUGAAGUGCUGAUCACGAUUAAUGUGGUGGUGUGCGGUGGGAUGUUUUUAAUCCCUCUGUUUCGGAUGCACGAUCACGCAUUGGAGAUUUACGAGGGUUUAUGCAAUUAUGCCGAUGCAGCGGUACCCGUUCUACAAAGCGACCAAGGUAACCAGCUGCGGAGGACGCUGCACCUGUUCAUGCAUAAGAGCCGGAAUCAGCAUAUUAUCAUACAAGGCUGGCACACAGUGUAUGCCACACGGCAUUUAUUUGUAGCAACAUUCACUAUCUGUGUGUCGUUCGUCGUCGUUGCUCAUGAAGUUCUCCAGAAAUCCCGUUAA